GUCUGGCCAAUCAGAGGCGCCCACGACCCACCCCGAAGAAGUUAGAGUCGUCGGCACGGGGCGCCGCCACUGUCGCCGCGGGCGUCGCGCGGGGGGGCUGCGGAGAUGGUGUCUCCCGCGGCCUCCGCCGGCCGCCUGGGCUCCGCGUUGCCCUUCCUGCUCGUGCUUUUCGAUCUGCAGUAUCAGGGAGCUGAGUGUGGAGUAAAUGCAGAAGUAGAAAAGCAACUUGAAAUGGGAAAGAAGUUAUUGGCUGCUGGACAGCUAGCAGAUGCUUUGUCUCACUUCCAUGCAGCUAUAGAGGGAGACUCUGAUAACUACAUUGCUUAUUACAGAAGAGCCACAGUAUACUUAGCCAUGGGCAAAUCUAAAGCAGCAAUUCGUGAUUUAAGUAAAGUGGUUGAAUUAAAGCAGGACUUCACAUCAGCAAGAUUACAGAGAGGACACUUACUGCUCAAGCAAGGAAAAUUUGAUGAAGCAGAGGAUGACUUUAAAAACGUGCUGAAAUCCAAUCCUAGCAAUAAUGAGGAAAAGGAAGCCCAGGCUCAGCUGACAAAAUCUGAUGAGCUACAGCGCCUGCAUUCACAAGCAUUAUCUGCCUACCAGAAAGAGGAUUAUGAAGCUGCUAUUUCUCUUCUUGAUGAAAUCUUAGCAGUUUGUGUUUGGGAUGCAGAGCUACGAGAACUUCGAGCUGAGUGUUAUAUAAAGGAAGGGGAACCAAGCAAAGCCAUUAGUGACUUGAAAGCUGCUGCCAAAUUAAAGAAUGAUAACACUGAAGCCUUCUAUAAAAUCAGCAAAAUAUAUUAUCAGCUGGGAGACCAUGAAUUGUCACUCAGUGAAGUCCGGGAGUGCCUGAAACUGGACCAGGACCAUAAGCAAUGCUUCUCUCUCUAUAAGCAAGUGAAAAAGCUCAAUAAGCAGAUUGAGUCAGCAGAGGAAUUCAUCAGAGAAGGCAGGUACGAAGAUGCUAUCAGUAAAUACGAGUCUGUCAUGAAAACUGAGCCCGAAGUCCCAGUUUAUGCUACUCGUGCCAAAGAGAGAAUCUGCCACUGCUUAUCAAAGAACCAGCAGCCUACAGAAGCCAUAAAAGUUUGUACAGAAGUCCUGCAACUGGAACCAACCAAUGUGAAUGCACUAAAAGACAGAGCAGAAGCUUACUUGCUGGAAGACCUGUAUGAAGAAGCUAUUAAAGACUAUGAGACUGCUCAAGCCAACAGUGAAAAUGACCAGCAGGUUCGGGAGGGGCUAGAACGUGCCCAGAAGAUGCUGAAGCAAUCACAGAAGAGGGAUUACUAUAAAAUCUUGGGAGUAAAAAGAAAUGCUCGAAAGCAAGAAAUCAUAAAAGCUUACAGAAAGCUGGCAUCCCAGUGGCAUCCUGAUAACUUCCAGAGUGAGGAAGAAAAGAAGAAGGCAGAGAAAAAAUUCAUCGAUAUAGCAGCUGCUAAAGAAGUCCUCACUGACCCAGAAAUGAGACGGAAGUUUGAUGCAGGAGAGGACCCACUGGAUGCGGAGAGUCAGCAGGGCGGGGGCAACCCUUUCCACAGGAACUGGAACACAUGGCAAGGAUUCAACCCCUUUGGUUCUGGAGGAGGACCAUUUACAUUCAAGUUUCACUUCAGUUAGAGCCAAGACUGUUUCUGGUGGCUGCUGCUGUUUUUUACUUAAUUCAUUGAAAAAUAAAAAGUCUCUCAGUUCAAGACCCAAAAUCUUAAUUUCUAAUGUUGUCCUUAACCCAGAGUCUUACUGCAGUGGAAGGAAGCUCCUUGUCUCUUCUAGUAUUCAGAGGGUUUGCGUUGUGGUGAACCUGACAAGCUGACGCUGGCUGGGGGGUUUGUUACUGCUGGUGUAUUUGUUGUGGAUAUAUGCAGGAUGUGUUUGUUCCUGCAGAUGGAAAACAGUAAGAGGCUACUUAGGACAACACUUAAACAUAAAUUUAGGACUCAAGUAUAUGCUUAAAGGUAAAAAUGCAUGUAAAUAUGUGUUUCUGAAUCAGGGCCUAAUGAACAGGGCCGGGGUAGUUCCAAUAGUCUCUGCGAUAGCACAGUGUCAGUGGCGGUGCUCGGCGAAGCGAGCCCUCUCUCAGUGUUCUCACAAGGAAGCGCUGGUGGCUGCCUGCUGCAUCGGUGUUGCCUUGCCACAGGUGGGGCGGGGAGGCUGCAUGCUGAGUGAGUCUGAAGGAUCACUCUGCCAGGAGAUGGCUUCUGUCUAGCUGUACUUGAAAACUCCCGCUGGCUUCGUUCGUUAACCGCAGCGAAUCGUGAUGGUUUCCUUGGCAGCAAUUCUCAACUAAGAAAUGUAAAAAUAAUCUCUUCUUUGUGAAAAUACUUAAUGAUUGUGGCUUGGGACAGUUAGGUGUCAUUUUUGAGUAGUUUGCACUUGAACAACAAAGUAAUCUGCUUGAGAUUUGAGCAACAAGUUUGAUGUGACAUUUCCCUGACUAUGCAGCAGUUUGUUACUUCUCUGCCCAAACACUCAGACCCAGUAGAGGUUGUGAGGUGAGCGUACUGUGGACUGUGGGAAUGAACUCCAGCCCUCCCCUGCAAUACAGCUCCUUUGCUUGUGCUGGAUGGUGCAGCAGUGAGUCAGUAUUAUGUGAAACUGGUUGAAGUAAUUCUACGUUUCGUGUAACAGCCACAGUACUGCAGAAACAAAGGUCUGUGUGCGAACAGGGGACUGACUUUCCAUUAGCCACCAGUCUGGUUUGUUUUCUUUCUAUCUGCAUGUAGCUAAAAUUGGUUUGGUGUAUUGAUGGGAGUGUGUGAAUGCCAUGUGAGGUGUUGCCGGGUCUGUAGCUGCUAUGGAAUAAUCUUCUUCUGCCACCGAAUGUAUUACUGAUGAGUUUCAUCAGCAGCCAUUCUCUUAGAAUGCAGGAUUUCAGUUCAUCGAUGUUUCCUUGAUUGGAUUUGAACUGGAAAACAAUCAGCUGAGAGGAAUCUUCCCUCACUUCAACUCACAACAUUUGAAAGUACCAGCAGCGUCUCUAAAAGAAACGAAAUCAGCAAAUCAGGGCUUCAGUCUGGAA